CGCUCAGCAUAAUCAUUCUCUCUUUGAAUCCUUAUUUCUCCCCCUAUUUAGCCAUCGGAUCCCUCUCAAUUUCCCCUGCUUCGCUUUUUCUCGCAACCUUUAACGCCGCCGUUUUUCCCACUCCGAUCUCCGCCUUUCAGAUUCUAUCAGCUUUCAUUUUCCCCGAUGGAUGACGGAAAAUUCGAUCUGCCCGAUGAUCUCUUAUCUUCCAAAAUCGGCUCUGACUACUCCCCGAAAGAUCCACCGACUUCGGAGAGCAGCAUACCUUUGUCCCCUCAAUGGCUUUACUCUAAAGUAGCCGAUGCUAAGAUAUUACCUGCUGGAACGACUGGGGAUAUAAAAUCACCAAAUUUGUUGCCUCACGGAGCCUCUGGUGAUCCCAAUCUGAAAGAUAGUUGGCGUUUAGAUGGUUCUCAGGACAAGAAAGAAUGGAGGAGGGCUGCACCUGAUCUUGAAAGCAGUCGUCACUGGCGUGAAGAGGAGAGAGAAACAAGCUUACUUGGCCGGAGAGAUCGCAGAAAAGAAGAUCGGCGCUCUGAUAUUUUGGGUGCAGGGCAAGAUAUUAGUAGUCGAGGUUCAGGGAUUGAAUCUCGAAGGGAAAAUAAGUGGUCUUCAAGAUGGGGUCUUGAAGAAAAAGAAAAGGAUUCUCAAAAUGAUAAGAGGACAGAUUCUAAGAAGGAAGAUGCCCCUACUGAGAAACAUGCUCUUGCCAGUGGGGGGCGCUUAGGUUCUGAACGUGAGAUUGAUUCUCGUGAUAAAUGGAGGCCACGUCAUCGUUUGGAAGUUCAUGCAGGUGGGUCCAGUUCUUUCCGCAGUGCUCCAGGAUUCAGCUUGGGGAGGGGACGAGUGGAGAAAUCAAAUGUGGGUUUUACAGUAGGACGAGGGAAGCAACUGUCUGUUUCUGUUAUUGGUGCUCGUGUUGGGGAUAAAAACAAGACAAUCAAUGCGUAUUGCUACCCAAGAGGAAAACUCCUUGACAUUUACCGCAUGCAAAAGACUGCUCUGAAUUUUGACACUCUACCUGAUGAGAUUGAUCAUUCUUCAACGAUAACACACAAAGAAAUUGUUGAGCCUUUGGCAUUUGUUCCUCCUGAUGCAGAGGAAGAGGCUGUCCUUGGAGAUACAUGGAAAGGAAAAACUACAAGCAGUGACGAGAUCUGCAACUCAUUUAGGGACACAAGUGAAGAAAAACAAAGUUUCUCAGUUAAAAGGGAGGAUAGUGUUCAAUCUGGUGAGAAGGCUUCUGUAAACAAUAAUUAUCAAGAAAUGAAUAGUUCAAAAGAAGGCUGUCAAAAAUAUGUGACACCAUCUGAUAUUGAUGAAACCAAUGCUUUGGGGUCAGAUAGAGAAGAGAUCAAUGGUUCUUCAAAUUACAUGGAUGGAUUAAAAUCUUUUGGAAAUCGAGCAGUAGCUGAUAGGAAAAUGGAAAAGGACUCCAACGUGAAGGAAAAAGAAUCAUCCUUGCAAUUUGGAGUGGGUAGUGCUCUUCCUGAUGACUCAAGCUUUCUAUUUGGUUUUCAGUCACUGCAGCCUAAUCUUGGCUAUAACCAGAUAAAUGUUAAGGGAAAUAAUGAGUCACAUUCACUGGAAAGUAUUACCCCUCCAGAGGAAUUGAGUUUGCGCUAUCUUGAUCCUCAAGGGGUAGUUCAGGGACCAUAUCUGGGGAUCGACAUAAUUUCAUGGUUUGAGCAAGGUUAUUUUGGUACAGACUUACCUGUUCAAUUGGCAAACGCUCCUGAUGGAUUGCCUUUCCAAGAACUUGGUGAAUUGAUGCCUCACUUAAGGAUGAAUUCUGGUUCAGCCUCCGGUGUUAUUGCAGUUACAAGAAAGCAGAUACCUGAUCAUUUUGAAGGGAGCUUGGAAGAGACCAUAUCUUCCGCUUCUGCUCCAGAGUUUAAGGGGUCUGCCAUUGAACGUGAGCAUCAGCAGUUUUUGUCUGCUUUUGAGACUUCUGGUAGUAAUUUUCAGUUAAGAGGGCCUUCUCAAAGUUAUCAUUCCGAGCAUCAGUUUUCUGAAGAUCAAAAGCUCCAUAAAUUUGCUGCUGCUCGUGCAAAUGAAAUUCUUUUUCCCGGAAGGCCUGGAAGUGCUGGUGCCGAGCCUUUUAAAGUUUAUGGUGAAAUUCAAGAUCCUUUUAGCAGCAAUCCUGCAAGCCAUCUGCCUAUUUCAAAUGAAUUUUCAAAAUCCAAUGUGCCUUCUCAUUGUGGUGACGAGUUACUUCCAGAUGCUCGGUCUGAUGAUUACAGAAGAAAUUCUGUGUUUAAUCCUAACAUUCAUCUAGGCAGCCCCUUAUCUCACAGGGAACAAGGACGCAAUGGGUUGGACCUGGUACAACACUUAAUGUCACAAAAGUUACCCAGUGAAUCACUAUCAACUGGAUUUGGUGUUGAGCAAAUUCAUAGUUUGCAAAGCAAGAAUCUCAAUCAUCAGCAGUCAAUCCAUCUUUCAGCUCCGGAUAUGGAACAUCUUUUGGAACUUCAAUUUGAACAGCAUCGGCAAUUGGAACUUGAGCAACAGCAUCGGCAGUUGGAACUUGAGCAACAGCAGCUGCAGUUGGAACUUCAGCGGCGGCAGCAGCAGCAGCUGGAACAGCGGGAACGUAUGUGGGAACAGCAGCAGCUGGAACGUAUGCGGGAGCAGCAGCAGCUGGAACGUAUGCGGGAGCAGCAGAUUCAUAACCAUCAAAUUCAUUUGUUGCAGCAAUUUCAACAGCAACAUCUACAUCAGCAGCCAUCUCAAGCUCGGGAGUUGCUACUUGAUCAAUUGCUGCAGCAUCAGGUUUCUGAUCCUGUUUAUGGCCAGCACAUAUUUGAUGUUGCUAGAGACAACCUGCUUGAUCAGGUUCAGUUAAAAAGGCAUCUUCUGAGUGAAUUACAGCAGAAUUCUCAUGCUUCAAGGCACUUGGAUCCAUCACUGGAGCAGAUUAUCCAAGCAAAGAUAAACCAUAGUGCAAUCCAAGGGCAGCAGGCUGAUAUUUUGGAUUUCAUGUUACAAGCGAAGUAUGGCAAUGUGCUUCCUUCAGAGCAUCAGCUUCGUCUUCAACAUGAUCAGUUUCAAGCUGAGCAAUUAUCUAGGGCGCUGAACCAACAAUUAAGUAUGGAGAGAGAGAGACAACAUGCUGGUUCUUGGUCUGUAGAUGAAGUUGGUCAGUUUGUCAGGAAUCCUAGCAUUCAUCCCCAGGCUCAAGCAGCGGGGCUGAAUGGUUCAGAUCCUCACCAAAAGUGGUUUUCAUCUUCUGAAGAGCAGUUCAGCAAUCUUAAAAUGAAUCCUGCUUUGCAGGACCAACAGCAGCAAGGGGCUUUGGACCCUAGUGCUACAGUGUUUGCCAGGUCGACUCUUUCUGCACCUGCUCCUGGGAUGAAAGUAGACAAUGUAAAUUCUCUAGAUCUAUCUGAGCAUCUCUAUAUGCACUCAAACAACCAACUAGGUCCAUUUUCUUCUGGUAAUCACUCUCUUGACCGGCAAGUUUCUGGUGACGUGUUCACUUCUCAUCCAGAUUUAGCAGAGAGCUACCAGUUUUGGCAAAAUGGGCAGCUAGAAAAUAGUUGGGCGGAAAAACAAAUGCAACAAUUAAGUCUUGAAGCAGAUCUGCAAAGAAGGGAUUCUGAAGUUGAUUCAAACACUUGGACACCAGCAGGAGGGAUUCAUGAAAACAAGAAAGCUUUAAUGGACCUUCUUCACCAAAAACUUGGUAUUCAAUCUGAACAGUCACCAGAAGUAGAUUAUCAAUAUUCUACGUCGUCUUCGAAUCUACCUUUUAAUCAUUUCAAAGAUCAGGAAGUUCAUGUGAAUGGUUCAUUUUCAGAAGGCCCUCAAAAUUCUGUCUCAUUUGCAGAAGAACAGUCGUUUAUGUUGGACUCCGGGGAUCCCUUUUCUAGUAGUUAUGCAGGUGCUAAGCUGAUCACAAAAUCCACUGUGAACAAAGAAUUAGUUGAAUUGGAGGGUAAGGAGAAGAGAAGUGGAUUGAAAGGCAUGAUUUCUAUGAGCGGUUCUGUGUCGGGGUCUGAGGACUUGGAACAAGUAGAGGCAUCUCUGAAUUAUGGUGAUCUACAAGAUCGAACCCAUGUCCGGAAUGGUUCUUUUAGUGAAAAAGCUUCACAGGUUUCAUCAUCCCAGAACAUUUUCUCCGAACAAAACACAGUGCUUAUGAAGCAGAAAAGCCUUGCAACUUCUGAAGGAAGUCAGGAAAGCAUGUUGAUGUAUGCAGGUGCCAAGAGGAGCACAAAAACUCAGGCAUCGGGCAAAGAUGCAGGUAUGAGAAGGACCUCAUCCUCCAAUGAUGCUGCAGUGUCUGAGGCAUCAUCAUUCAUAGAUGUUCUCAAGAAGCCGGCUCAUCUUCACGGAACCGAAGCAGCAGUGUACGGCUCUGCUUUUGAGCCAUCAUCUGAUGCGCCUGGCCCGCAAGUUCCCCGAUCUAGCAAGAAAAAAGGGAAGAAGGGAAAACAGAUCGAUCCGGCCUUGCUCGGUUUCAAGGUUACAAGCAACCGCAUAUUGAUGGGUGAGAUCCAACGCCCAGACGAUUAA